UGCAAGAAGGAAACUGUGCACCAGGGGGGUGCGGAGGACCAGAGGCUCAGAGCAGGACCUCUACCUGCACAUCCUGGGACUAAGUGGGCAGGGAGAGGGCUGUGUUUGCCCCAGGCCUGCUCCUCCUUUGGACUGUAAGACUGAAGACGGGAUCUUGGUUCAGGAAGAAGGGGACGCUAUGAUCACAGAAUUCCUAUCCCUGCUUUGCCUUGGGCUGAGUCUGGGCCAUGAAGAUGAGAAGGAUGAGAGACUUCCCAAGCCCUCCCUCAGCGCCUGGCCCGGCUUGGUGGUUAGAUGCAAUGGCAGCGUGACCUUGAUGUGCCAGGCUCCUUUCCGGAAUGCAACGUUCAAGCUGCACAAGGUGGACGACCUUGGGUACGAGCAGGAGCAGAGCUCAGAAGACCAGGGAGCUGAGUUCCCCCUCACCCGCCUGUGGCCUGAGGAUGCUGGGAGGUAUUUCUGUACCUACAAGACCAGAGCCUCCCACGAAUGGUCCGAGAACAGCGAACAUGUGCAGCUGGUCAUCACAGGAUCACUGCCGAAACCUUCCCUCUCACUCAACACAGACCCCGGGACAACUCCUGGUCACAGGACACUCCAAUGUCUGAUCCCCUACAAUGGAACUGAAUGUAUCGCAAUUGCCCUGCUGAAAAACAGGGUCCCAGAGCUAUUACAAGUCAAGGAAGUAAGACAAAACCAAACUGAUUUCAUGCCCUGGAAUGUGACGAACAAUGACAGUGGGAACUACAGCUGUGUAUACUACCAGUGUAACUCACCACACUUGGGCUCCUGCCCCAGUGACAGCCUGGAGAUCUGGGUGACAGAUAAACACGAUGAACUUGGAGGUCCCUCAAUAAAUAAAGCAGACACCAGAAUCAUCUUUUUCGCCAUUGUCAGCUGCAUCUCCAUCAUUCUCCUCUUCUUCUCAGUCGUCUUCAUCUACAGGUACACUCAGCAAGGUUCAUCACAUGAAGAAUCCUCUGAGAGAACCAGCCAUUCCGAAUCUCCCACGCAGGAUGCUACAGAACUGACUUUUUUCUCUCACUCACAUGCAGAUUUAUCCAAGAUGGAAAGAACAUCUCUCUUGACCGAAGACCGCCAGGGAGUGAGCUAUGCCGAGCUAAAUGCCAAUGCACUGUCUGAGGCAGCUUCUGUCCCCACCAAGGAGGCCCCAGGAUCUGUUGAAUAUGCAACACUGAAAGUGUAGAAAGAGGAUGGCGAGAACCACUGGAGGAGGUUGGAGUGAGGCGGCCAAGGCCAUUGGAAAUAAGGAAACCCAGAGACUUUCUGUCUCUGGCUCCUAAUCUGUGUCAAUCAAAUUAAGCUCCUCAUCUUUAAAAAAUCUGACUUAUUUAUGGAUUACCCAUACCCAAGAACCCCACCACACUGUCUCUACAUUUCUUCCCAGAACAAUUCAAGGAAAUAUUAUUGAUCAACCAUCCAGCAAAUACUUACUGAAUACCUCCAGGAAGCACAAGCAAAAAAGUAAAUGGUCAAAUUGAUUCGGUUCCAUUCAAUGACCUGUUUUACCCCAUGAGUGGGAAAUAGAAAAAUUAAAAUACAGAUAUCAGCAAUAAUUAUGCAAAAAUAGAAGCUAAAGAAAAGAAAAUGUUAUUAAGAAAAUCAUAAAGAGAAGAAAAUAUACUUACUAUUCAUGAAGCAGAUCAUCAUAAAGGUCUAUAUCCUCUUCAUCUUCAGGUUGAGUUGGCUGAGGAGAAAGAGGAAGGGGAGGGAUUGGUCUUGUGGACUCAGGGGUGGCAGAGGCAGAAAAAAAUCCACGUGUAAGUGGACCCAGGCAGUUGGGACCCAUGUUGUUGAAGGGUCAGCUGUAUGUUGUUGCAAGGAUUUUUCUGAGCGUUGACUUUUUUGUUACAAAGACACUGAAUGAUCACUUAUGUAUAAACACAAAUAUGUGAGCUUUGCUUUCAAAGUUAUGUCACUGAGUCAGGUUUGAAAGUUAUUUUCAGAAUAUAGGAAUAGGCUGGGUGCUGUGGCUCACGCCUGUAAUCCCAGCACUCUGGGAGGCCGAGGUGGGAAGAUCGCUUGAGGUCAAGAG